ACAAACAACAAGUGUCUGUUCCCUCAGUUCAGUCUCUGUUCUGUUCUACUGUGGAGUGGAAAAGUGGAGAGGAGAGGAGUGGAAUUCACAGGAGCUGCAUGUCCAAGGCUCACAACUAGCUCAAGGACCAAGGGGUUUGGACCAACCCUACGAGCAAAAAAGACGCUGAAAAUACAUCUCGUUGGUUGAAAAGACGUUGAGAAUACAUAUUCUCAACCAUUUUUUGCACACUGGGAAGCUACCCUGGGACUAGUCUCUUGUGACAGUCUGAAAUCGAAUAUCUGAUUUGCUUCUUGUAGGUGCCAACAUUACCCAGACCUACAGGACAAGAAGACAUGCUGUGACGAGGAAGAGGCUCUUUAUAUUUUGGAUUAGCAGCAGCAGCGGAUGCUGAGGGCGAGGCCACUGAGGCCCCAGUGUUUAGAAUCAGAAUUGUAAUGGCUGUUCAAACUGCAAUCAUGAACUCUCCGUUCGUAAACUUCUGUUUCCCUGGGUCGGUCAUGAUGGAGUAUGACAUGAGUCAGAGCCUGGACGGGAGUCCGCUGGAGGAGAGUGAGGAGAGAGGAGAAUACAGGGAAACCACCAGAAGUCUGGACGGGAGUCCGCUGGAGGAGAGUGAGGAGAGAGGUGAAUACAGGGAAACUACCAGGAAUCUGCUCAGCUUCAUAGACUCGGCCUCCAGCAACAUCAAACUGGCUUUGGACAAGCCAGUCAAGUCCAAAAGGAAAGUCAACCACCGCAAGUACCUGCAGAAGCAGAUCAAGAGAUGUACAGGCUUCAUCAGUCCAACAGGGAACCCAGCAGCAGCUCCAGGGGCCAACAAGAGAAAAAUCUCUGGCUUUCCCACCCAGACCCAGACCCAGCCUCAGAUCCAGCUUCAGACCCAGCCCAGCCCAUUCCAGCAAGGCAAACCCGUCCACAAGCGGGACGGGCUACAGGCCAACCUCCAGACCAAGAGCCUGGCUGCCCUCUUUAACUCUGUCAAGGAGCCUGUCAAGGGGGAGAGAGCCAAGAAGCCUCCCCUGAGGCACCGUAACCUUCCCCCAUCCUUUUUCACUGAGCCGGCCAACACUACCACCACCUCUCGAGUCACGUCCACCUCGGGCAUGUUCCUGGGUGAUCUGGAACGGGGAGCGGGGAACCCAGACUUCUUUGACCUGCUGGGGCCGGACUACAGUAACAUGCUCAGUGAUCAGGACGUGUUUCAGACUCGCGGCCUGCCCAGUAGGGUCAUCGACCAGGACGUGUUUCAGACUCGGGGCCUGCCCAGUAGGAUCAUCGACCAGGACAUGUUUCAGACUCGGGGCCUGCCCAGUAGGAUCCUCCAGCACCAGCAGACUCAGGACAUAACAGACCAGGUAUCGCCCUACGACCCUCACCAUCUAGUGGGAGGAUUCUUGUAUACAGAGCCUUGGACCUCUUCUCCUUCUAAGAAGGCAGGGGAGGGCGUACGGACGGGCCCAGGAACACAGACACCCCUGUACUGCCAAUCAGGAGAGGGCGUACGGACGGGCCCAGGAACACAGACACCCCUGUACUGCCAAUCAGGAGAGAGCGUACGGACGGGCCCAGGAACACAGACACCCCUGUACUGUCACUCUGUGUCCGACUCCUCUGCGACAGGGUCUACAGAGGAUAGUAACUCACUGUGCACUCUGGCCUUUCCCAACUUCUUCCCAGACUGCUCUGUGUCUCAGGUCUCAUAUGGUCUGAGUAGUGGUGGUUACAACACAAAGGAUUUUUCUUCUCUCUGAUAAGACAUCGCUAUCGCAUCCCUGUCGGAGACUACAAGUGGAGUAGUUCUGGUCCAACAUGUUAGUGUGACUUGCUAUUGACCAGAGCUACAGAUUGAGAUACUGUCUAAUCUAAUCGUAUUUGUAACGUACACCUUUUCCAGCAGGUAUAAAAAGUGCAGUGAAAUACUUGUGUGUUAGAGCUCCCUCGACAACGCAGAACAUUACAUCAAUAAUCAUGUAAUAACAAGUAGUAGAAGUAAUAGACCAGGUAGUAUGCCUAUUGAUCAUGUAGGUAUUUACAAAUAUUAAGUGGGUAGUGGAAUUAAUAGUAUAUAAUAAAACAGUAACAUUGACUGUGUGUGUGUGUGUGUGUGUGUGUGUGUGUGUGUGUGUGUGUGUGUGUGUGUGUGUGUGUGUGUGUGUGUGUGUGUGUGUGUGUGUGUGUGUGUGUGUGUG